AUGGUCGGCAUUGCUGGGAAAUCCAAAGCAUGUCACGACUGCAAGAGGCGUCGCGUCAAGUGUGAUUUCACAACUCCGAAAUGUUUUCGGUGCACCAAAGCAGGAAUCUCAUGUCGUGGAUACGAGAGGUCGACACUUUGGGUCCACCGAACUCAAGCUAGACCCAAUGUCUAUGCGUUGUCGGCUGUGAGAGAUGCAAAGCUCGAAGAACAUCAGCUAGAGAACUCACAAUCAGUCGACUGGUUACAUGUGCUACAGAACAUGCGCCACCAGCUCUAUUCGUCUAACCCUUCCUAUAAAGUAGCGACAUUUCGAUUACAAGCGCUAUCCAUCGCUGACAAGAUCUACCACCCAUUGCCUAAAGUCACUGAAAGCUGCGAAGACUCGACUUCAACGCCAUCGUCCUGGUUCAAAGCAGUAUGUCAAAUGCCGAAUCCCAGCGAGGUACUGGAUCACUCUCUCUUGGCAUUUUGUGCCAUCCAAAUUCGUAUAUCCCGGAAAUCUGGAAUUUCUUAUGGCGAGACAAUUCAACUAUACAACCACGCUCUAUCGAAGAUUAUCAGCAUCCUCGAUAGUCCGGAAGAUGGUGGUAGUGACGAGAGUCUUGCAGCGAUUAUUAUUCUUUCCACCUGUGAGCUAUUUCUUUUUAGUUCAGGCUCCAGUUGGAAUGCACACGCCCAGGGUAUUUCCGAGAUGCUUCGCAAUCGCGUCGCGUCAGGAAACACUACAAAGAGCUGGAGCGAUCUUUGUCGUCGUCUUUGUGUAAUUUGUGUCAUCCAAGCAAUGGUACAGAAACGCCCUCUUAUACUUGAGCCUGAUAUCUGGCGGCAACAAACCAAACCUCACUCUAGCCCUACCUCUUUCGGCGGGUUACUGGACCUCGCUGUGGACAUACCCUCGAUCAUGGCGAGUGUGCAUACAGUCUCACGAAUUAAUUUGCUUCCACAAGUCAACCAACUUGUUCAGAAGUACCAGGAGCUCGAACAUUGGCGAAACAAUUAUAACAAACACAACUGGGAUUCAAGCCAAACACUUGUAUACUGGUCCGUUCCUGCGCAGGCCAGCAAUCCAACUGAUGACGACCACACAGAGAAGCUAUUCCCAUUCGCCCUCAUCUUCUCGUCUAUUGCAAACGCCAGUGUAUGGAUAUUUACGUCUACCAUAAUGCUUGAUAUCCUUGACACAAUUCUUCUUCUUUGUUCAGAGAACCAAGAUGACAACACUUUGCUCCCAUAUGAGGAUGAGACACUCGGCAGUAUCAUGUCGCCCAAUUUGCUGGAUACCCUACGGGUGGAUGCUGAUAAAUUGAGUCGACUGCUAUGUCAAAGUAUUGAGUUUUGUUAUCGCAUUGAGAAUGGUACAUUUGGCCCGCAAAUAACAUGCUAUGCUCAAGCGACAUUGUUGAGCUACUUUGCAAACCGCGGACUCCGUCGUGAGUUGGAUUGGUGUAAAGCUAUUCUUCGGAUGACUGGCCCGGGAAUGAGCUUCGGGAUCAAUCUAAUGCAGUUGAGGUCAGUGCCUGGAAAUUCCGACAAGGAAUCCGACGAGGCUUGGAAAAUGCUCCUUCACUCCUUGAGACACCAGACCAGAUUGGCAUUCGGCGGCUUUGAAGAAGAGGUUGUUAAUCAAGACGACGUGCAACGACUGAAGAACCUGUUCGAAAUCGAUGGUCGUGAGGACCCUUCGCAACUUAGAGGUCUCGAUGCCCAAGGGUUUCGAGAUUUCUGGAACGCUGAAUCCCUCAAGGAGGAGAAAGCUGCAGUACAAAUACCGGAAAUCGCCCUGCGUUUCCAUGGUUCCGAGGAAGAGCUUCACUUUUGGAUCUGGCCGGGUGAUGAUAAUCGCCGUAGCACUGGGAGGUAUUCUGAGAUUCGACGAUUCCCAUAUUACAACAAUCAGCACCUUGAGGGAAACGACCAGCACUUUGAGGGAUUGUUUAGGGAGGCUGGCGAAGAGGGAGUUUGA